AUGUCAAAAAGCACCCGACAGCUCAAGAAGGCUGCGCGCAUCAUUCUGGUCGGCGCGCCGGGUGUAGGAAAGGGCACUCAAUCAGAGCGACUGCUGGCUCGGUUUCCUCAACUGGCCUCGAUCAGCUCCGGAGACCUGCUUCGUGAGAAUGUGCGUCGCAGGACACCUCUCGGUCUCGAAGCCGAAGCCGCAAUGCAGUCCGGUAAUUUGGUCCCGGACUCCAUGAUUCUCAGUCUCAUCUCCUCCGAACUCAAGUCCAAGGGCUGGCUCCCUUCAUCGUCACCUUCCUCUUCCACCUCCGCUUCCAACGAGUCUUCCGCUUCCUUUCCCGACGAUUCAACAGCUUCGACUUCGCUAUGCCCAUCGGCUUCCUUCAUUCUCGAUGGCUUCCCUCGUACCGCGAGCCAAGCAAACAGUCUGGAUGGUCUCGUUCCAGUAAAUUUUGUCGUCAAUCUCAUUACUCCACCAUCAGUUAUCCUCUCCCGAAUCGCAUCUCGCUGGGUCCACGAGCCAUCAGGGCGAGUAUAUAAUACCGAUUUUCACGCUCCCAAGGUGGCAGGCAAAGACGACGUCACAGGCGAGCCGCUGACGCAAAGAGAGGACGACUCGAUCGACACGUGGAAGCAGCGGCUGCGUAAGUUUGAGGAGACAAGCAGAGCUUUGCUCGAGCAUUAUGAGCGUCGCGGCUGCCUUUGGCGCGUGGAAGGGAACUCCAGCGAUGAGAUUUCGCCAAAGCUCUUUGCCGAGAUAGAGCGUCGAUUCUGUUAA